UAAGAGCAAUUCAACUCAAACCAAACUGUUCAUACUUGAUUUGCAAGUAUAGCGAAACAUGAAGUAUAUUACGGGAAAUGAAGAUACCGAGUAGUUACAAAAAAGAAAGGUUUGGUCAAACAGAAACAUCAACCAAGUAUUGAUUCGAGGAAGCUUCCCAUAGCUCCACAAGCACAAGAACAAGCUCAUCCCUCAUCUUGGAUUAGGUAUGGCGGAGGUUGCGGUUACAAUUGUGGUUGAAAAGCUAGCAGAACUACUGGUCCAGCAAGCAGCGGAGGCAGUUUCAGAGGUGGAAUGCCCAGAGGGGGUGAGGGAGCAAGUAGGGAAGCUCAAGAACGAACUGGCAUGGAUGCAGGGCUUCCUCAAGGACGCAGACGCUAAGCAAAGCAACGAGCGUGUUCGCAUCUGGGUCUCUGAAAUCAGGGACUUGGCCUUCGAAGCCGAGGAGCUCAUUGACACCUACAUGUACAAGGCAACCAUGCACACCCGCCAUCUGGACAAGCUUCUAAGACCCCUCCACAUGUACAAGCUUGCAAGGAGAAUUGACAGGAUCAUGUCCAAGAUCAAGGAGGUCUCCGCCAGGCCCGAAGCUUAUGGCGUCCGAGGCGAAUCGCGCGAGGAUAUUAACCUCACUAGUAUUGAGAGUUUGAGGCACUGGAGGCAGCCAUCGCCUUAUUCGGAAGAAGAGUAUGUUAUUGAACUUGAAGAUGACAUUGAGCUGCUGCUGUCUCAGCUUCUUACCGUGGAGCCAAGGAACCAUGUAGUUUCCAUAGUUGGCAUGGGGGGUUUGGGAAAAACCACCUUAGCCAAGAAGCUUUACAAUCACAGAAGCGUGGUGAACCACUUUGAGUGCAAAGCAUGGGUGUAUGUGUCGAAGGAGUACAGAAGAAGGGAUGUUCUGCAAGCGAUUCUGAGGGAUGUGGAUGCUUCAAGCAGAGAUGAGGCUGACAGGUUGGAGAGGUUGCCGGAGGAAGAAUUGGUGAACAAGCUUCACAGUGUGUUGGAUGAGAAGAGGUACAUGGUGGUUCUUGAUGACAUUUGGGGAAUGGAGGUUUGGGACGGCUUGAAGUCUGCAUUUCCAAGGAGGAAGAUGGGGAGUAAGAUAUUGCUGACAACUCGGAAAUGGGAAGUUGCUUUGCAUGCCGAUGCGAGUAGCAGUCCUCAUCAUCUGAGGACACUGACAGAAGAUGAGAGCUACAGUUUGCUAUGCAACAAGGUGUUCAUCCCUCCGGAGUUGGAGAGCCUUGCAAGGGAGAUUGUGGUGAAGUGUGAGGGUCUGCCCUUGGCUCUGGUUGUGAUUGGAGGAUUGCUGUCAAGGAAGCACAAGUCAAGUGUGGAGUGGGAUCAAGUGCUGAGGAAUAUCAGCUGGCACUUGCUGCAAGAGCAGGAGAGGAUAGCAAGGAUUCUGGAACUCAGCUACAAUGAUUUACCCUCCCAUUUGAAGUCCUGCUUUCUCUAUUUAGGCCUUUUCCCGGAGGGUCUCAACAUUCAGACAAAGAAACUUCUCAGAUUGUGGGUUGCCGAAGGCUUUUUACCGCAGGAAGGCCAAGAGACGCCGGAAGGUGUUGCUCACAGAUACUUGAAUGAGUUGAUCGGAAGGUGCAUGAUUCAAGUGGGAGCAGUGAGCUCCUUAGGCAGAGUUAAAACAAUUCGCAUCCAUGAUCUUCUCAGAGACCUUUCACUCUCCAAAGGAAAAGAGGAAUAUUUUCUCAAAAUAUUUCAUGGCAACAUGGCACCCUCAUCCACCACUUCUCAAUCUCACUCUCAGCAGCCAACCAGAUCCCGGCGCCUUUCUAUACAUUCUUGUGACGACCGGUAUGACUUCUUAAAACACGGUGCUCAUCAUUCGCGGUCCCUGCUGUUCUUCAACAGAGAGUAUAAUGAUAUAGUGGGGAGAAUCUGGUUCCACUGGAAUUUCCUCCAAGAACAGAAAUUGAAUUUCAUCUACAGGAAAUUCAAGCUACUCAGAGUGCUGGAAUUAGACGGUGUUCGGGUUGUUAGCCUGCCAAGCACAAUAGGGGACCUGGUUCAGCUAAGGUACCUAGGAUUGAGAAAGACUAAUCUAGAAGGAAAACUGCCACCUUCCCUUGGAAACUUGAAAAACCUGCAGACACUUGAUUUGAGGUAUUGCUGUUUUCUCAAGAGAAUACCAAAUAUAAUUUGGAAGAUGGUGAACUUGAGACAUUUGCUGCUCUAUACUCCAUUUGACUCUCCAGACAGUGGACAUUUAAGAUUGGAUACAUUAACAAAUCUGCAAAGCCUACCCUAUAUUGAUGCUGGUAAGUGGAUAGAAGAUGGCGCUUUAGCCAAAAUGAGCAAUCUCAGGCAGCUGGGGAUAUAUGAAUUAUCAGGAAAAAUGGUGAAUUCUGUACUUUCCACCGUGCAAGGUUUUCGCAACCUUCAUUCGCUAACUCUUUCACUUCAAUCCGAAGAGGAUGAAUUUCCAAUGUUUAGGCAGCUGUCUCAGUGCAUUCAUCUUGAGAAGCUCUCUUUGAUUGGAAAGAUCAGGAAGCUACCCGAUCCACAUGAAUUCCCUCCAAAUCUUUUGAAACUAACUCUGCAUAACUCCCACCUGCAGAAGGAGUCAAUUGCCAAACUGGAGCGGUUGCCUAAACUCAAGAUGCUCAUAUUGGGCAAAGGUGCAUACAAUGUGCAGGAACUGAGCUUCAAUGCUGAGGGGUUUUCGCAAUUGAAUAUUUUGCGGCUUAUUCAGUUGAAAGAAUUGGAAGAAUGGACUGUUGAGGAAAGAGCACUUCCUAGGCUCGAGCACAUGCUUAUUGAU